AGGUGUUGUCAGUGUUUUGCUGAGCGGCGUGUGUGUGUGCCAUGAGUGAGACCAGGUCACCAGGCGACCUGACCUGAUCUGAUCAGUGAGUGAGCCCGAGCGCCACACCAUCAUGGGUCAGGGUGCGCGCGCGCGAUGCCACUGGUGGGCUGCCCGAACCCCGCACCUGUGGUGGCAGCAGGUGUACACGUGUUUGAUCAUCUUGACCGUGUUGAGUGGAUCAUUCGUGCAGUGUUGCGGUCCGGGUCGUGGCGGAGGUCGGCGGCGCUCGCCCCGCAAGCUGAGGCCGCUGGUGUUCAAGCAACAUGUUCCCAACGUGUCGGAGAAGACCCUAGGGGCCUCGGGCUUGACAGAGGGCCCAAUUACCCGUGAUGACCCGAGGUUUCAGAGCCUUGUACCCAACUAUAACACAGAUAUCAUCUUUAAAGACGAGGAGGGCACGGGCGCCGACAGACUGAUGACAGAGCGGUGUAAGGAGAAGCUGAACACGCUGGCCAUCAGCGUCAUGAACCAGUGGCCUGGCGUCAAGGUCCGAGUUACCGAAGGAUGGGACGAAGAGCUACACCACGCCCCACACAGCCUCCACUACGAGGGACGCGCCGUCGACAUCACUACCUCCGAUAAGGACCGCUCAAAAUACGGGAUGCUGGCGCGCCUGGCGAGGGAGGCAGGCUUUGACUGGGUUUACUACGAGUCCCGAUCCCACAUCCACUGCUCAGUCAAGUCAGAGUCGUCGGCGGCCAGCAAGCUGGGUGGUUGUUUUCCUGGGAGGGGCACGGUGAUGACACCGUCAGGACUAGUGCCGGUGUCAGACAUCCGUGAGGGCGACGAGGUUCAAGUGAUGCGUGCCGACGGCUCUCUGGUCUUCAGUCCUGUCCUUAUGUUCCUGCACCGUGAUCUUGGAGUAUCCCGCUCCUUCCUGCAGCUGACUACGAGCAGUGGCGCUGCUCUCACACUCACGCCCUCUCACCUUAUCUUCCUGUUACAACGUCGCCUCGUGCCCUCGCUCACGCCCACUGUAGCCGAUGCAUUGGAGCUCGGCGGAGUCGUACUAGCGGGAAGGGUGGAAGCUGGAGAUUUCUUGCUUGUCACUGGCCAGAAGGGUGUGCGGCUCGAGAAGGUAGUGGCAAUUCGACACGAACUUGGAGAAGGAGUCUUUGCCCCUCUUACUGCUGAGGGAACAGUAGUCGUGGACGGAUUUGUAGCCUCGUGCUAUGCCGUUAUAGACUCCCAGGCAAUAGCUCACUGGGCUUUCCUCCCAGUCAGGCUGUACAGCAACCUAAAGGAGGCUGUCCUAGCUCUGCUUCGUGCAUUAGGGGCCAUCACCCCAUCUUUUCCAAGUAAACCUGUUAAAGUAUAUAAUGAUAAACGUUUCUUCAAUGGGAGCAGGUACAACGUGAGGUGGCGGGAGGAGGCCCUAGGUAACAGCGUGGACGACAGGGAUACCAUCCACAUCCACUGGUACCCGCGACUCCUCUACACCCUGGCCUCCUGGCUCCUACCUGCGCACCUCGUCUACUCCUAGUGAAGCGGUAGCUUUGGAACCUGCUUCUCCUUUACACCCUGUCCUCCUGGAUCCUACUUGCACACCUCGUCUACUACUAGUGAAGCAGUAACACUGGUACCUGCCUCAUGGCUCCUACCUGCACACCUCGUCCAAUUCUAGUGACGAGGGAUCUCUUCUCAAAACACCACGUGUAGUUAAAUAAGUGUUUGAGAAACGCUUAGAAAACUAGAGAAGCGUGUAAUACUAGGGGAAAGAGCUGAUGCCCAGGGAGAGAGUUGGUGUACAUGCUACUUAUGGGCUGGUGCCCAGGGCUCGGGCUUGUGCCCAGGACUAGGACUGGUGCUCAGAGCUGGGGCUGAUGCCCAAGGUUUGGGCUGACGCCCAGGGUUAGGGCUGGCGCCCUGGGUUGAGGCUGGUGCCCAGGGCUGGGAUUGACGAUCAGACUGUUCAAUGUUGUGCUGUGAGACGGUCCCAUCCACUGUGACGUAACAGAUGAACAAAGCACCCUAACUAUGAUGGUCGUUGAUAUGGCCAAAGCUAAAUUCUAAGCGACAAGGAUACUCCCACCUAAUUGAAUAUGUAUAGUGUUUAUGCAAAUGACCGCUAGAGUGGUGUGCGCUUUCAGAUAUCUGUGAGAAUAGAAAAAUAAAACUAUUAGCCACAGAGUUUUCUAUAUAACGUCGAGGAGUGCUUAAUUAGGGACAUCCUUACUGUUAAGCUCACGAGGAACUUAAGAUGCUUAACACAUUUUCAGUGAUAUGAAAUGAAGGGAAAUGUGAAAAUCUUCUGUGAGAGCUUUUGUGAGUGGCUUGAAGACCUUAGAACCCUAAAUAACGAAGCUUUAGACGUAAACACGUGUGCCUCGUUAAUGAAUGACUUUAAGACCUUUGAUGACUGGCGGUAAUUUAUAGACGAUUUCAAGGCCCUAGACGAUUGAAGUUCGUUCUAUAGACAAGGUCAGCGCAUAAGACGAGAGAAAGUGGGAGAUAGAGGAGAGAGAAAGGACGACCCCAGAGAAUGUAGAGGGACUCAGGAGGUUCAUCUGGGGUCAAGGCUUGUGAUAGCCAGGGUGGCCUGUGGCUUCCAUGGCACAGAAAUGUUAUAAUCUCAACGAAGAUGUGGAGGAUGGUGAUACUCUGUACAUUAUGAAGGACGCACGAUUGGGUGAUUGUGCGUGUUUAUCAAUGUUGUGUGACUGUGGAUGCGAGUGGAGUGCAAUAUGGCCAGUUAACAGUUAGUGUGAUACAACUACCAGUUCUCGACGUAUAAAACUGCGUGCCAUAGUCCAUAAAAAUGCAUUUACUACGUGCGCAUCAUCCAAGUUGCGCUUGUCUGGUACUGGCAAUACACCUGUGCUGCUGUGGCCCUCACACCUGUCGGGUUGUAGUCCUCGCCUCACACCAGUCUUGCUGUGGUCCCAACACCAACCACCCUACAACCAUCCCACACCUGUCUAGCUGUUAUCCCCUAACCCACACAUGUCCAGCUACAUUUCCCACACCGUCUCAUCUCAUCUAAUGCAAAAUUCACGUUACCCACCCUCACAUCUUCCCUAAAAUCACCAAGAAAUAAAAACGUUGCCAGUUCUCCACGGCAUUUAUUAUGCGUUACACUGAUUAAUAAUACCAACUUUAACACUUUCUCUUCAAGCAUUGCCGUUAACGCUUCCACUGUAACUCCCCGACCCCUCGAGCGGACGGAGAAUCAAGCCUCCACCACUCCUUGUAAUGAUUUAGUUCUUCACAUAAAAACACAGUAAUGUUAAUCCCAGUCCCUUUUGUCAUAUUUACAUCACCUAGUCCUUUCGAUGGAGAGAAAUGGUUGAAAAUAUCAACACGAUUGAAACAGAUACAAAUCAGUGUAGAGAUCUUUUAGUGACAAUGGUUCGCCCACAUACUGUUUUUGUCAGUCACAGAAGUUGAAUAAGCACUGUGUGAGCGAGACGUUGUCAGUAAAGAACUUCAUUACAUUACAAGUGUGUCUGUUUCCUUCUAGUCCCUUCAUUGGGAAUGAAAGGGGAGAGGGUUGCCUUGAUGGUAGUGAAGACUUUUUGAUCCAGGGGACUGAGGCUUCCCUUCCCUUACUCGGAUCAGACCUGAUUACCUCUCAUUCGCGAGGGAAAGAAUGAUCCCCCUCAUGAAUCUAAUAAUAAUACAUCAUGAUUUGCGAAAUCGUAAUGACACGAUUACAAUCAACACAUAGAACAGGGCGGAAUUCAAACCCUUGGUAAGCUAGUCUUACAACUAUUAUAGUGGAUAGCGGACUGGCAUGCUAGUUUUGAGGACUGGCUUGCCAAGGGUUCGAAUCCCACUCCGUUCUGUGAAUGACACGUCAUCUUGUAAGACCUUCCCUUCAUUUCACACUGCAGUACACAUAUGUUUACCUAUGCAACAUUUUUCCUAGGACGCGAGGCUCGGUGUCACAAUCCUACACAAUGUUCCAGCAGGUAUUGUAAGACCUGGUCUGGAUAAAAGGGCGUAUUGUCCGCAGGUGUGGAGAUUAAGACUAGUUGUAGGGCUAGCUUUUAUUGGGAGAACGUUUCGCUCUGUGUAGAGCUUUAUCCUGCCAUUUCGCUCUGUAUACAACAUUGACAAGAUAUGGUCUCGCUCUGUGUAGAGCUUCAUCAAGGUCUUGAUAAAGCACCGCACAGAGCUCUACGCUGUCCCAACAAAAGCCUGAUCUGCACCAUGUGUGUGUCUUCACACGCCACUUCUUUAUUAUAUAGCUCCUUCAUAACGCGAUGUUCUGUAACUGCUUGUGUGUUGUAUGGCUUUCUGUACGACCCUGUGUACAUAUGCUGCAUAAAUGUGUAUAUCAUAGUUGUAAUUUACAUAGCUGUAAUUUAUGUUCUCAAUAAACUAUAUAUCGUUGUUUCCAUUGUAAAUUAUUUGUAAAUAUAUAUAAUUAGCCGCCUAGUGACCUUAUUCUGUGUAGGAAUUUAAUGCAAGUGACUGAAACAGAGGUCCCAAGCAGAAUAGGUUGCACUAUGAGGCUUCUGAACGUCAAAGCAGAUUAGGUACUGAUGAAAAUGUCACGACACAAUGUAUCAACUCUGCUGAUUAUAUACUCGCCUGUUGGAAAUGCUCAGCUUCGCACAACUUAAAAGUUGCGUAAAUCUGUCCCUCCAAGGAGGAUGCCUUUAUGCCGAGAAGGGCAGUUGAUCAAAGAAAUUGGAGCUACCCCUGUUCUUUCUUAACAAAACCUGAUUAGCUUCCAUUCCCCAAGCGGUGUAUGACUCCUACGGAAAUCAGCGCUUCCUCAUAAAUAUACGUAGAUUUAGUUCACAGGUGAUUAAAAAAUUAAAAAGUAUGGUCUCUUAAAGAAUGAGAGGGGUAGAAAAAACCUAAGAAAGAAUCAUAAGUAUGUAUUGCUUCCACAUAUUCAUAAUUAAAGAACCCAUUCAAAAAAAAAAACUUUACGUCUUAAAUAUGGCAAGUGUGAGGCCCAGCGCCACUUGCGGUGCUCUGGCUGAUGACAGGAAGUGCCAACACGACUGUCUUGUACCCUCUCUGCGGAAAUCUUUUAAAUCUAUAUUCCUCUCCCGAAGGCCCACAUCUUGCUAGAUAUGAGAACCAUCAUACUCACCAAGGCUAGAUAUGAGAACCAUCAUACUCACCAAGGCUAGAUAUGAGAACCAUCAUACUCACCAAGGCUAGAUAUGAGAACCAUCAUACUCACCAAGGCUAGAUAUGAGAACCAUCAUACUCACCAAGGCUAGAUAUGAGAACCAUCAUACUCACCAAGGCUAGAUAUGAGAACUAUCAUACUCACCAAGGCUAGAUAUGAGAACCAUCAUAACUCACCAAGGCUAGAUAUGAGAACCAUCAUACUCACCAAGGCUAGAUAUGAGAACCAUCAUACUCACCAAGGCUAGAUAUGAGAACUAUCAUACUCACCAAGGCCCACAUCUUCUUAGAUACAAAAACUACCCUAACACCACGACGUAUACCUUGCUAGAUAUAUAAGUCAUCCUCCUCACACCAAAGACAUCAUCCAGAUAUGAAAUCACUUGCUUGCCUUGUAAUACACAUAACAUUCUAUACCUAAUAGUAAAAUUAACAGAUGUAAAUAUUAACUAAACAUUUAUUAAGUAAUCCACUACCACACUGAGAGGCCAUUAAACAUUGAAUAUUAAUACAAAUAAAAUCAACCAUUAGUGCACUGAAUAUCCAUGUACUUUCAACAUUUGUAGCAUGCAUGAUCAUGUCAAGGUUUAAGCUUGGUAUAUCGCCGGCUAGUUAUUCAUUCUCUUAAUUCACUACAGACUAGUUAUCAUUCACUAUAGACUGUAGUUAUUCAUUCACUAUAGACUGUAGUUAUUCAUUCACUACAGACUAUAGUCAUUCACUAUAGACUACAGUCAUCCAUUCAUUACAGGCUAUAGUCAUUCAUUUACAACAAACUAUAUACUUAGUCAUUCACUAUUACUAUAUAUUAAUUCACUAGAGACUAUACAGCUUUUCAUUAACUAUAAACUAAUAUUCAUUCACUACAGACUAUAAGCAGUCAUUCAACCCGUCCUCCUAAGCAAACUUAUCUUUAUUUCACAAUGACUCAAAACCGUCGGAAAGGUACGCUAAUACUAAAAUGCGAAGUUCAAAGUUCUGCUUUCAAUAUUCUUUAGCUUUAUCAGUGGUCCCCAGCUUUCUUUUCGCGCAUCAUGGUAAGUAUAGUCUCGCCUAUAUGCAUCAUUGCAUUUACUGAUGUUAAUGUAUGUCGUAACUGUUUAAACUGCAUUAACUGAUUUUAUCCUAGUACAACAUGCCUUCAUUAACGUGCGUUUAGAAUUUUGAAUAAUUUUGUAAAAUUAAAAAAAAAAAAUAGCUGACGCUA